GCCAGGUUUUCGUUGGAUUUUCCGACAUUCAUCACAUUUUCAGGACUGUUACAUUGCUUGGCUCUUGCCCGAUUGCGAGCUAGGGAACUGUGUCCGCGAAACGACGUUUUUCCCGACCUUCCUCGGUACCAUCGUCCAUCCCUUUUUCGUCGGUUCCUACCCUCGAACCUCCCCCCCCCCCUCCCCCGCCUCUUUGACGGCGAAAACAGGAACGCUACGAUUGAUCGAUACCUCAAGUUUUCGACGCAUACUUUUAGAGUUUCCAAUCUUGUCUUAUGAAUGGAGAGGAACGUGAGGGAAACCUAGCUAUUUGUCCUCAGCCCGGCUUGUCACGGUGCCCGCCCUGGGAAGACACCCCUGCCUUGAACUUAAUCAAGCCCAAGCAGCUGGGUAAAUUCUGGUUUUUUAUUCGUAGCGGGGUCCGCAUUCGUCUCGGUUGUUUUCAAGGAGGACGCUACCGGUGGCGGGAGCUGCUGCCUUUCCAAGCUCCGUAUUUAACCGUGGGUGCUUGCAAGCUGCUGAGCAGGCAUCUGGGUGUUGCGCGAGCAAGAAGUGACCCUGUUUCACUGCACGUGUCUCUUGUCUGGAGGUCUUUUUUCCUCCAUGUCGCGGUUUCUGAAACUUUAGGUAUUAGCGUGGAUGGCUACCGAGGCGUAGUUCGCGGAAAUCUCUCUGCCGUGUCGGCAGCGCUAAGAGCUAAAGGCAGAUGCGUUGUGGAGAGUGCUUCGUUCUCCGUCGUCUGAAGGCUGCACAGAAGCCUCAUUAUUUCCUCUCCAACUUUUCUGUUAAUCUCCUUGUCAUUGCUUUUUCCGUCUGGCGUUUGUUGGCGAAUCUCCAGGGUGUCCGUGUGCAGGUAGCGUUUCCCCGAAAAUGGAUCGAGGGAAGCGUCUGUCUCUGGAUGUGCCAGUCCCGUUUCUUUUUACUUCGGCUUCCUCGUUUACGGUCUAGGGUGAGAAGAGCGUCCUUGCUCUUUCAACCCGCAUUUCCAAGCUCGUCCAGGACGCCGCAUCGCGGGUGAGCUGCCGUAAGGAAGCCUCCCGCGUGCUUACUCUUGGCUUUUCGCGCUGGAAUUUCUCGCCGAAGUCUGUCUGCCUCGAGUCUUUUGUUUCCCUCGCCGUUCUUGCAUUUAUGUUGCGCACUUCCUCGGCCGUUCGUCCUUUUCCGAUCGAAGGGAAUGGCAGCCUCUGGGUGGAUGCGCUCGGAGUCGCGCAGCCACAUGUCAGUUCCCUUCCCCUCAAGUAGCCGCUCGCCGUUUUCGCGUCCGUCUGCAGGGUUACACACAGGCUCGUGCAGGCAGCGUCUGCUCCAGUCUCUCCACGGCAUCUUCUUUUCUUGUCGAUUCCUGUUCAGUCUCCUUCUCCAGGGAUGCGAGCGCAGCAGCCAAACUGCGAGAGCCGCUCUCAGCUCCUGCUGCGGCGGACUCAGCCGCGCAUUUGCGGAUGUGGGCUGGAACGGGUGGCCGUGGGGAUCGGACGGACUCUUUGACGAAGGGCUCGCGGAAAUCUCGACUUCUGGAAGUGGCGAAGAACGCAAGAAAGGGAGCCCACCGUGUCGCCUGCGUUUGCUGCUCUGUGGUCCGAGACAGGCUGGGAAAACUGCGUUGCUCUAUCGGCUGAAAAUCGGAGGAUUCAUUCCUACUGUGCCCUCGAUGGGUGCCCAACGGGAAGAAUUCUCUGUCACGCUCGACGUGCAUCGCCCUGCGUCGGGCACUGCGGCGCUUCAAUCUCCGGGCGUUAAGGAAAAAGCAAAGUUUUCCGCGAGGAAAGGGCGAGAUCUUCUGAAGGCGAAGCCGCGCGUCUCCGAAGAUCCAGGAGCUCUCGAACGCGCCUGCAGCGCCACCCUUCUAGAGGAAGGCUUCAUGAGUGGAGCAGACGCGGCUGGAGGCGGGCAACAACAGGCCCCGGAACCUGAGCAGUCAGAACCUGCGAGUCUCUGCACAGUGGAAAGACGAAAGUGCUCUCUCCUUGUUUGGGACCUCGCGGGUGGCGAUGGCAUUGAAACGCGGUGGAGAGCCAUGCAGGAGACGUGCGACGGCGUGGUGUUCGUUCUCGACAGCACUCUGUUCACGGGGCUGGAGAAAUCUCCGGUGAAACAGCGCGCACUAGAAGAUGCGCGGCGGGAUCUCCUAGCUCUGUUUUACGAGGAGUACUUCGUCCUACACAAGAGCGUCAGAUUUUUGUUCUUUGCUAGCAAACAGGAUCUUCGGAGCGCAGCGCCUGCCUCGCAGGUCCUGGAACUCUUGGAUUUGCCAGUCGACCUUCAGGAAAGGUUGCAUGUCAUGCCCUGUAGUGCGGUGUCGGGCGAAGGCCUCCUAAAGGGUUUGGAGUGGCUUGCGAGUAGCGCCCACUGCUCCUGCUUCUCUGGUGGAAAUGACGAGGAGUGCAGAUCGACGGUCGACAGUUCCUGGAUUUCCGCGUCCUCCGUUUCUAAGCCACCUGCCCCGGUGGCACCGCACCCAGAUCGCACAUCCAGCGAUGGACGAGGCAAUUCUCCGCGGAGCAAAGGGUGGAACUACGGUCAGAAUAGCCGGACCUGCACUAAAGGGCCCUCUCCCUUUGUCACGGAAGCGCAUGCUGCAGGGCCGACUGACGCAGCGGUGGCGACAGAGAGGCCGGAGGGCUCUGCCGAGUGGACGGAACUCGAGGCAAAGAAAGCUGCGGGAACAGAUGUGGCGAUUCAUGGUAAAGUCAAAGGCGUAUGCAACGGGGACGCGGCAGUAAUUGAUUUGUUAACGGACAGGCAGGAGCUCAGAAACCCCGUGGGCUUGCCCCGAGAGAAAAGUCAACAGGGUCCUCAUAUGUCUGUGGAGUUUCACUGGUGAAGCUGUUUUUUACUCAAGGCGAAAAGGCACAGAGACUUCUGGCGCUUGAGAUUUGUCUUACCGCGCAAAGUCUUAUAAGGAAAAAUUCUGUGACGGCGGGGGCGACGUCGGGCGGAGUGUCCAAUUGCCGGUUGAGGCGGAUGAGAGAAUAACGUUUUUUCGAAGGCUGUGUCAGGCCCUUCCAAAGCGCGCAGGGAGCGACGGUAGUAUUUAGUAUGUGCGUCAGUUUCAAACCGAAAUGCGGCUGUGAAGGGCACUGAAAUGCAGUCUGAACAAAGGGUAUGUUGACGCGAACAGUGCUUUUUUGUUUGAGCGUGGAGCAUGGGAGUGAAGGUGCUUGCUAGUAGGAGACCAACUGUACAAGAUUCGACGUUUAGAAAACGCACCUCCUCCUAUGACACUCUAGAACUGCAAGCAAACCCGCUUGGGAUAAGGGUAUAAAAAGGGGCAAUCGUGAGUCUGUGCCCACGCUUGUUGGAACAUACUGACUUCACAAAGCGGGUGGAAGACAUCCAACUGAAAGCCGUUCAGAAAGCUCCAUCACGACUCUCCGAGAGCGUUCUCGUGGCGGAAUGGAGUGGUCGCCG